AUGGUUCAAGCAGCAGAUGUCCCAGAUGAUACCCUUGAGGCUACCAAUAUUUCACAUAUUGGCGACUCAGAUUAUAGUGAUAAUGCUUGUGAAUGGUUCAUAGCCUUGCCUGAUCGAGUUAAGGGACCUUUCAGUGCAAAUAAAAUUAGGCAAAUGUUUGAGGAUUGUGAAAUUGAUGGACUUACAUCUGUUUGGAGAAAGGAUACUAAUGAUUGGAUCCCUUUGGGUAAAGAUAAAAUUCUGAAAGCUCAUAUUGGUCGGAUUGAGAUACAAGAUGAGGAUAUUGAUAAUAAAGAUCCUGAUGAAAACGAUCAUCUUAAAUUUGAUAAAUUUAAAUCAGAUGAAAAAAACUACCAUGUUACUGAUGGAUCGGAACCUGCCGGUAAUGGUGUAGAAAUUGUGGGAAAUGAUAUAUUAUCUAAAAUAUGUACAAUGGAUUCUCCGCUUUGUAACAAUGAUGCUACGACACGGGAAAUGAUCAAAAAGAUUGACACUGAGGAGAAUGAGGCAAAAGUUAUAGAGAAAUUCAAAAAACAAAAAUACCUUAAGCGUAAGAGAGAGAGAAUUGAACGUGGUGAAUUUAUCGCGUCAAAGAAAAAUUAUAGCGUUUACAUAACUGGUUUGCCUAAGGAUGUAACCAGCGAUGAGUUACAAUCAGUAUUUAGAAAGGCCGGUGUCAUAAAGAUUGACCCAAUUACUACAUUACCAAAAGUUAAAAUAUAUCGUGACGAAUGUGAUGUACCAAAGGGAGAUGCAACAAUUACAUUUCUCAAUCGCGAAUCAGUGUCCCUGUGCCUUAAAUACUUUGAUGACUACUAUUUCCGACCUAACGUCAAAAUACAUGUAGAAGAAGCUCAAUUUAAGGCGAAUAUGGAUAAGAAACGGCCUUAUAUUGAUCCAAAACUUAGGAAGAAGAAGUUUUUAGCCGCUAAAUAUGAGGCUCAGAGAAUCUCUUCUUGGAAAGACGAAAUGGACGAUGGCACAGGACGUCGUGUUGUAAUUGCAAAACCAAUGUUCUCUCUGGAGCAAGCAAAGAAAUAUACUAAAGGGGAUGAAUUUUACGAGAAACUUCGCCAUGAAGUUUAUGAAGAGGUUAUAAAGUUUGCUGAAGUUGACAAAAUUACUCCCAUGUCCAGACAUCCUCAAGGAAUAGUCUGUCUCAAAUUCAAAACUGCUAAAGAUGCCGAAAUAUUCAUUGCAGCAUUCAAAGACAGGUUAUUUGACGGAAAUAAGUUGGAUGUAUACUUUUAUGAUGGUAAGACUGAUCUGGCAGCCCAAUGCUUGCCAGAACCUGAUGUAAAAGAUAACAAUAUGAGUGACAGUGGCAGCGACAGUGACUAUUACUAUAACAAAUAUGAAGAAAACAGCAAUUACUAUGAGGAUAAUGAAGACAAAAAUAAUACCAGCGAUAGAAGUUUUGGCGAUGAGGAGUGUAGUAACACUCGUGUUGAACGGUUUGACAAAAUGUCUAAUAAAACUGCGAGCAAUGACAUAGAUGAUUACCUAAACAAGCUAAUUGAUUAA